CACUUUCUGGUCAUUCCUAAGAAGCCCAUUCCUCGGAUUAGCCAGGCUGAAGAAGAAGACCAACAGCUUCUAGGACACCUUCUCCUUGUGGCCAAGAAGACAGCAAAGGCUGAGGGGCUGGGAGAUGGAUACCGACUUGCCCUUUACCUGUCUUCAACACAAAGAACCACCUUAGAAAGCCUCCAAAAGUCCUUAGGUGUGGAGGGCGAGGCCUUAGGCCGGUGGAAUCUUAAAAGCCAGACUGAGGCGUAAUCGAGUACCAGUACGGACGGACAGAAAGCGAACUUCCCAGACCGCAGCAGGCUUAAAACUUCCGCUCCGCAGCGCACUUGCCUCCACCCCCACCCUCCGCGUCCGCCCAGCUCUAGUUCUGCGCAGUCUCCUGGAAUGAUUUGCUGUCUCUAUGGCAACCCGGUAGCUGGCGUCUGAGGAUGGAGACCAGUGAGUCUACCAAGCUAUUGCGGCCACGAUCUUUAAACGUACAGCCCUGCUCCGAAGAACUAGGAUCCACUUCGGAUCCCAUUCCUGCUUUGGAUGGCCGUCAUAGGUCGGCCCUGGCAGCCACUGCAGCCAGUGCAGCCGCCUCUACUGCCAAAGCAUUAUCUACACAGACCUCAGCGCCCUACUCCGGUCGGAGCCUUCUCAUGGAGCCCUCCUCUGACAGUCUUGGGGAGCGCCACUCUGGAUCCAGAUUUACCCACAAGACAGGCCAUAGGAGGGUUGGCUUUGAGCCAGCCUACGUUUCCCAUGUUACUUGGAAUCCCGACACUGCAAAUGACCUUCGCUCUAGCCAUGGCCCUGUUCCUGGCUCCAGCUCUGGCCCUGUUCCUGGCUCCAGCUCUAGCCCCAGUCCUGACUCCAGUUGUGAUCCUGGCAGUGGCUCUGGCCCUGGUGGUGAUUCUGGUCCUGGUCCUGGUCCUGGUCCUGGUCCUGCCUCUGCCUCUGAUUCUAGGCGUAGUCCAGGCUAUGGUCAUGCCCCUGGGUUCAGUUCCUCUGCUCCGCCAGGCUUCAGAAGCCCCAGGGCACAUCUGGUCCCUAAUUAUGCCUCCUGGAGUUACCACAGCCACCGGGAGCCUCGGAAGCAACCCUGGAAAUGUUUGCAAGUCUCAGAACCUGGUGCCCGAGGGCUAUGGAAGCCCCCUGAGGUUGAAGGGACUAGUAAAGUUCUCAAUGAAACACUGCCACGGGGCCAGUGCCUUCUCUACAACUGGGAGGAGGAGAGAGCCACCAACCACCUGGAUCAAGUCCCAAGCAUGCAGGAUGGUGAGAGUUUCUUUUUCCGACAUGGACACCAGGGGCUGCUGACCUUGCAGCCACAGUCACCCAUGUCCUCCAGCACCACCCAGAAAGACUCAUACCAGCCUCUAGGAAACCACUAUCAGCCAGUUCGAGGGAAGCGUGAAGCCAUGCUGGAGAUGCUCUUGCGACACCAGAUCUGUAAAGAGGUGCAGGCAGAGCAGGAACCCACAAGGAAGGACACUGAGGUCGAGUCUGUGACACACCAUGACUACAGGAAGGAGCUGGAGCAAGCAGGGCCUCCUGCCCCAACAAAGCCUCAUGACUACCGUAAGGAGCAGCCCGAAACCUUCUGGAUACAGAGGGCACCACAGCUACCGGGUGUCAGUAACAUCAGGACACUGUACACGCCAUUCCGGAAGAACUGCAGCUUCUCAACACCAGUGCCUUUGUCUCUAGGGCAGCCUUUGCCCUAUGAACCUUUGCCCUAUGAAUUAUUCCUACCAAUUGGGAGAAAUAUCUUCCCUUGCCUGUCAGGGAAGAGGGCAAUGUAGUGGAGUGGGUGGAACUACUCCUAUCUAAGGGUUGAGGGAAGUCCAUGUGGAAUCUCUAUCUGUACUGGAGAGGUGGGGAGGAAGUGAAUUCUGUCUGUACAUGGUGAAGGAGCUUUACAUAAAAAGGAUUCUCUCAUCCU